AAGCAGAGUUUAAUCACGCGCACACAGCUAGGCGCGCAAGUGAUUAGACGACGUUUCUCUCUCUGGAUCCACCCUUUUUGCGUCCUUUGCUCGAUCGAUCGGCAGCUCUGUCGCAGUCAGGGUGUAUUCAGGCGAGUCUGGAUGGAUGAACGUCCUCCUCGAUCACGGUCUAGUAAGGUAACAUUUCCAGAUUUGGUAGACUUCCGUACACGAUCGGGAGAUGGCAUCGACGUCGUUCGGCAGAUCGGGGUAAAGUAUCGUAAUUUUGGUAUUUCUCUCUCAACGAUGAGAAUGGAGAUAUCGUCGACAACAUUGAGGCGGACUGCAGAUUUCGAUUGAUUGAAAUAAGGAAACAUAUACUACGGAAGUGGUUGCAGGGAAAUGGAAUACUUCCAAUAUCCUGGGUCACAUUAGUCACCGUGCUCAGAAUGAUAGAACUCAAUGCAUUAGCGAAAGACAUCGCAGAUAACUUGGAUGAUGUGCCUGGGUCUGGUGAUGGCGCUAUUGCAAGUGAUGGGCUAGAGCUAGACUGGGUUAAGGAGAUGGAGCGAGGUGUGUCUUCCUGGUCGGAUAAACCAACUAUGCCACUACUUCUGAGGUUUCCCUCUCGGUCAGGACGUAUCAUCAAAAUUACUGAGCGAAUAGCAGCUUGGAAUAAGGAAGUGGGUCGUAUACUGCUCGAAGAUGACACUGGGGCUGCCACUGAGAACAUAGUGGCACAAUUCAAGUAUGACCCACCAACUCGAGCAACGGAAGCAAUUCUCCAGCGAUGGCUGCGUGGGAUUGGGAGGACGCCUUUGUCUUGGACCACCCUCGUUGAAGUACUGGGAGAGAUGGGUUUGGGCGAGUUGGUGCAAGAGUUAGAAGAACACUUUGGUAAAUCAAUAGCUACUGUGAAACCUCUGAAUAAGGGAACACCUCAAUGGGAUGUUGCAAGUGUCCUUUAGUUGCCGAGCGUGAGGCAACUACUCCGGGUUGUAUUCUCGCGAUGUACGUACGUACGUGUCGGCAAUUAGUCACGCUUAGGAAUGUAAAUUAGUCACCAGCAGGAAGUGUAACUUCCGUCAUUCGUAGGAUAGGAAGUCUGGCAGUCAGUAGAGCGCGCGCACGAUCGGCCUCUAGUGAGUGUA